AUGCUCGCGCUUAGAAGUACCCGAACCCUUACCACUCGGCUCGCCACGCCAGUGCUGAGCCGAAAGCUUUCUGCGAAGGCCGAGAUCCCCGAGACCAACAUGUUUUGGCUCCGCCACCAGAUCAAAGCCAAGGAUGGUUUCCACAAGCACGUCAACUUUGAGCGAAUCGUCGCCAUGGUCGCUCUUGGCUCCAUGGGCGCUGCUGUCAUCUCCCCUGGCAACUUCCUUGUCGACCAGACAUUGGCUCUCACCUGGAUCGCCCACUCCUACUGGGGCGUUGAAGCUAUGAUCAUGGAUUACAUUCCCCUUCUUCUCCCUGUUUUCUUCGCCAACGUCGCCAAAUGGCUUUGGGUUGGAUUCUGCCUCAUCAUGGCUGUUGCCUUCACCAACUUGAACCUCAAGGUUGGCGAGAAGCAGGGCUGUGGCCACAUCAUCCGGGAAUUCUUCCUUAUAAUGAGUGACUUCGACGAUUCCUACGAGUCUUCCAUCUUCUCUGAUGCUUCAAGCUCGUCCAUCGAUGACAUGAUCUUUUCUGAUGAGCCGCCAAGUGAUGAUUCGUUGGACGAUUCCGUUGGAGAUCUUGAGGAGAGUCGUCUCGAAGAAGAUUCGGAGAAACAAGAAGAUGAGAAUUCCAACUCAAUCUCGCUUCCAAAACCAGUGCCGGAGAUUCCGAUGACUGGAUAUCUUGAUGAAUCGAUCCAUGACCCUAGCUCGGAAGAUAUAAUUGACAGUCAACGAAAGCUGGAGAAUAAGUAUGAAAUCCUCGACUUUUCUCUCUCGGGCCUCGAGGUUUCUGAUGAACGAAAGAAGUAUUACGAGAAGGAAGAAAAUGAAAUGAGUUUUGUCGCAGGCAAGAAAGAGUACGAGCCUCCGCUUCUUUCUCUCGCUAACCUCGAUAUGGACAGCUAUAGGAAAUGCGCUGAUGUGUUGAGGCCCCAUCCACAUCUUAGGAGAGCGUUUCUCGAACCAAGAAUGGUCCAAAGUCAAAAGGUCAGCAUCAAAGUCGAUCCUCCUUUGACUCCGCUGAAGUCAAUUCUUCGAUCACGAACUGGAUCGGACAAUAUGGAAGAUCAUAUCGAGUAUAUAAAGCGUCGAUCAGAGCUACGAUCAGGUUCCAAACCGAACAAAACUGAAGAAAACAUUAGGAGGAUGGAGCAAGACUUGACUGCUGAAAGACCAGAGCAUACCGAGUACAGAAGUGCUCAAAGUGUAAAGGAAGAAUACAUCGCGCGAGCAGAAUCAAAAGAGGAAAAUUCAUCAAAACCUCGAUUCAGCCCGAGAGACCGGAUUUAUGACAGUCUCUCUGAGUCAACCAAAGCGCGAUUGGAAAAGCUAAAGCAAGAACGAAAGAAAAAGAAUGCAGAAAUAAACGGAAAUGAUGCUGCUCCAUCUCCACCAAAGCCAAAGUUCAACUACGCCAAGCUGGAGAUGAUCAAAAACCGCUUCGAAGAGCAACAAAAGAAGAAAGCGGGAAAUUCAUUCGAAAUGACAAUGAUGCAAGAAGAGCGGGAAGAGCAAAAGCGUCGCCACCGCGAAACCCUCAAGAAAUUCGAGCGAAUGUCGACCUAA